AUGGGCAGACGCGGCCGAGCACGCGCGGUCCUAUGGCGGUCUUUGGCUGCGCGCCCCGCACCCGCGGGCCGUGGGGGCAGAGCGGCGGCAGACGGAGGCGGCAGUAGGCCGCAAGGGCGGCCACGAGAGAAGCCACGAGAAGGCAGGGAGGCACGCUGCGGUGCCCAGGGACGCGUCCUGGGAGGUACCCGUGCCGCGAAGCACGUCGGGACCGAAUCGUCGGAGGUCCAGGAAGGAGGGGGCCCGCCAGGCGCCCGUGCGCCUGGGCUGGACCGGACCAUCGCCUGGCUCCCGCCCCAG